GCGGGCAAUGACUAGUAUCCCCUUGACCGCGGGCAAUGACUAGUAUCCCCGGGACCGCGGGCAAUGACUAGUAUCCCCGGGACCGCGGGCAAUGACUACCAUCCCCUUGACCGCGGGCAAUGACUAGUAUCCCCGGGACCGCGGCCAAUGGUGGCCGGGAUCAGCUGAUCGAUGCAGUUUGCAACACUCUUCCAUUGAAUUAUAUUUUUAUCUGCUAAGCGUUAUCUGUGUUUACAAAUAUUGUCCGUUGGUUACAAGUUGGAAGCGUGUGUGUUAUAUAGUGAUACAAUGUUGGGUUGAGAGUUACGGUAGUGAGUGGUUUAUUAUGUGAAGAAUAAUAACAAGUGUGUAGUAUUGUUUGUAUAGAGCCUCCAAGUCCAUGGAAGGUUGUGCACCACGCCCAACACCACCCAGGUCAGAUGUAACAAACAAGGAGCAACAGUUUCCAGCUGAACAAGCCACAAUGUAGGACAGAAAACAGGAGAUGCCUUUUCAUCCAUAGGGUUAUAAACCCAUGGAAUUGUCUACCUGCAGAAACCGUAAAUCCCCAAACUCUGCUGAACCUUAAAAUCCAGCUUGAAGAAAUCAUCCAGAGAAAUGGGGGAACCUCUGACAAGCCACUGGCUUCCUGUCCACAUCAACGCAACUUCAGUAUUAGUGGCCUCCCUCAGGUAAAUUCAGGUUCAUAACUUUUAGGCUGAUGUGUACAUUACCUGGCUUAGCACCCAAGCUGACGGUGCCACAUAACCAACGAUGACCACACUGACAGCAAUGGCAGAUAUGUUAUAUGAUGCCAUCAACAUUGGAGAUGUAGAUACUGUAAUGGACCUAUUAAAGAAAGCAGGUGCCAAUGUGAAUGUGCUACCAUCAUGUGGACGGACAGCAUUGGGUCGCGCAGCACAGCUGGGACAUCUGGCUAUUGUAUGUCUUCUCCUAGAUGCAGAGAAGUUUUACACUACGCCAGAAGAAGAGGAUGUGGACACAGAAGCCAUGUUUUCAUGUGCCAAAACCAGUACUGGCUCAGUUGCUCAAGCAUCUAGCACUUCAACUUGUGCAUCGCUCAUCACUGCCACAAGUCCAGAGCCAUGGUCUUCACCUGUUACUCUGACCUCAGUCCCAGUUGCUUCAACAUCCUCUCUCCGUCCUUCACUUGGAUCUUCUUUACGGAGUCCACAGCCACAUAAAUGUUGCUCUCCAAGUAUUGACUCUGAAACUUGUACAUGUAGUGAUGAGUUGUGGGGUUUGGACUUGAGUGACACAAAUCAGCACAGUGAUUGGGAAGCUGGACGAUGUAAUCGGGACCUUCCAAGUAACAAUAAUGAGGAAGGCUCAGAAACAGAGAAAGAAGGAGCGUAUAGUGUGCCUGUCUGUAGUCACACAUCAAGCCAAUAUGCUCCAAGCAACAUUGGUUAUUAUGUGUAUGAAUACAGGGAAGAAGAUGAAGAUACUGGGGAUUCUUCAGGUCCCAUUCUGUCAUCCACUGAAGACUCGGAUUCUGCUUUGAUUGCAGAGAAACGUCACCACCACCACCUUCAUCGGCAUUCAUCUUCCAUUCUUUUGCAGCGCACACUUGGUCGAGGCAGAGCUAAUAUUGUGUCCUCUGAUUCUGAAUUUGAAACUGAAAAUAGGAGACAUAGAAGACAUGCUCGUCAUAACCAUCGCUCACAUCGACACGAGAGAGACAAUGGACGCCACAAAGCAUUGGUUAAUUCUCAUCGGUCAAGUCCAUGGUUGGCUCAGCUUCAUUCAGAAUAUUUGUCCCUUGGCCUGACUUCUCCCUGGUCUUUGAGUCGCAAUUGCGAUAUUAACCAACAAGAUGCAUAUGGGCGGUCAGCACUGCACUAUGCCACUGAACAAGGCCAUACAUAUAUUGUUCACAUGCUCAUCAAAUCAGGCGUUCGAAUAGACACCCCAGAUGCAGAACACAUGACUGCCCUCCACCUUGCAGCACAGCGAGGGCUAGCAGAGGUCAUCACAUUGCUGCUGGAAGGAGGAGCAAAAGUCAAUACAAAAAUGAAUGAUAAGAGUUCUCCACUACACAUUGCUGCUUCAAGAGGUUAUACAGAUAUUGUAGAGACUUUACUAGAUCGUGGUGCAAAGAUUGAUUCACUGGACAGCUCUGAUCGUACUGCACUUAUCGUGGCUGUCUCUCGCUCAAACUACAAGGUUGUUCAACUGUUACUCAAGAGAGGAGCUAAGGUCAACAUAGAGGAGAUUCAUGGAUAUACGCCACUGUGUGAGGCAGUGUGGCAUAAGGACAUCAAACUUGUUCAAAUGCUUCUAGCAGCUGGAGCCAAAGUCACCCAGUCACACUACCUACUUCACUAUGCAGUCCUUCAUAGACAUUAUCAGUUGGCCGAACUGCUGCUGGGCGCCAGAUGCAUUGUAAAUCUUAGGGAUGACAAUGGAGACACUCCACUUAUUAUUGCUGCCCGCACCUGCCAACCUUCCAUUAUAAAGCUUUUGUUAAAGCAUGGAGCCAACACCAACUAUCCAAAUGGUCUCACAGGCACAACACCUCUCCAUGAAGCAGUUGAAGGAACCCGUGAUGCUCUGUUUGCCGAUUUUGGAGUUGUAUUUCUUCUUCUUCGUAUUCAUGGUGCACGGUUGGAUGUAGAAACUGUAACAGCAGGGGACACACCUUUGUACCGUGCAUUAUUACUGGAAAAAAACAAAGCAGCUGCUCUUCUAAUAAGACAGGGGUGUAAUGUGAAUCAUCGAACUCCAGCUGGUACUCUAGACUAUCUUCAUAUGACUGCUCUUCGUAGUAAUGCCCCCUUGGCCACAUUGUUGGUAUUAGCAGGUUUUAAGCUGUGGCAUGCAGAGUGGUUGGUUGGCAUCUUCACUCCAGGCACGCUUCUCUCAAGACUUGCUGCUGUUAGGUCACAACCCCUCACACUUGCUGAUUUGUGCAGAAUUCAUAUACGCUGUCGACUUGGGGAGAGAGUCCAAGUUACCCUUCAAGCCUCUUCUCUUCCCCCACGAGUAGUAAGAUUUCUAAUGUUGGAAGAUGUGGCAGAAGUGGAUCUCUGACAACCACUACAAGUGUUAUAGCCAUAAACAUUUUAUAGUAUGUAUAAGUAUCUGAAAAUAUAGAGGGUGAAAUAUAUAUUAUGGUUGAGUGUAAAAUUUAGUUAGCUUGUUUUUUUCUAUCUUUCCCAAAUUUGUUUCCUUGUGUGAGUAAAUAAAUUGUAAUUGCAGUGUAUAUAUUAUCUGACCACUUACUGGAAAUUUUGGUUAUACCUCAUGGUUUGUGCUGACUAAUCUUUCCUCUAAUGUAAUAUUAGUUAGAUCUUGGUAGAUUGAUAUCUGGAUUCAAUUAACCUCAUUUAGUGAACCUAUGGAUUUACUUACCCGAUUCCACAAACAAGAGUUUGGCAAAAUGAACUAGGGAUGUACUUAUUUGCUUAGGAUGUUGGGCUACAGUUCACAGACUGGUGGGAACGUUGCACAUCAUAUGAUUGGUUGAAAUUAAAAUUUCACUUAGUAAAAUUAGCCCAUAGAGCAUAUAAAAUAUAAGGUCAUGAAUGAUACUUUCUUAUUAUCACUCCAAUCAUAUUUUUAAUGAUUUUCAAAAAUGGAUGCAACAUUACAAGAAACUGUUAGAGCUUUUGGAAAUUUAUUGAGGUUACAGUAUUUAAAACCAAAUUCUAUGGUUCAUUUUAAUUUCCAGUUGCAAUGGUUCUAUUCCUUUGCUGAAAUAUAAACCUUUUUCCUUUGAAAAUGAGGUUUAAAGGCUGGGUGUGGGAAAUAUUAUGAAUAUGAUGAAAUAUUUUUACAAGCAGGUUCUUGUGGUAUUUUACCAUGUGGUAGGUUGAAAUUAAAAUUUCAUUCAGUGAAAUUAGCAAUAAAGCAUGGGAAAUGUUAGGGUAUGAACCAUGACACUUAAUAUUGCUCCAAUCACAAUUUUAAUCAUUUUCGUAGAUGGAAGCAACUUUAGAAGAAAAGAAAAAUACAUUGCUUCAGCUGUUUUUGCCAUUAAAAAGAAAAUUCUAUUUCACAAAUUCCUCCAUAAAACAUCUCCAGCUGCAAUGCAUCCCUCACUCCAAUGAAUACAUGUUAGUUCCAUAUAGUUUGCUAAUUAAGAUUGCUCUGUAUUGCAGAUUAUUUGCUGGAAAGACUGAAUCAGAAGUAAAAGCCCAGAAGCUUG